AUGGCUUCCACUGCUGCAUUGGAGCCCUUCCGGGCCAUCCUCUUCUCUAACCCUGUCGCUGCGGUGUUGGGUGAUGCCAUCAAUUCAUUCUCAGAGCGGAGGGCGAAGCUCGGCCUGUCCAACCCCGGAACCAUUGAGGGGUUGGCUAAGGAAGUCCAGCGCGAUGUCUUCCUCAACAACUACAUGUUCACCGGCAUGCGCGCCGACCUUACCAAGAUCUUCAGCAUGGCCCCUCUCUUCCAAGUUUCUCACCAGUUCGCUAUGGGCGAGCGACUGAAUCCCUACACCUUUGCCGCCAUGUACGGCACUGGCAAGGUCUUCUGCCAGGGUAACCUCGACAACGAAGGCUCUCUUUCAGGCCGAUUUAACUGGCGGUGGUCCGACAAGCUCGUCUCCAAGUCGCAGCUCUCUAUCUCCCCCGGGGGCCAGGAUAUGGCUCAAUUUGAGCACGAGUACACAGGCGACGAUUUCAGCGCUUCCCUUAAGAUGCUCAACCCCUCAUACCUCGAGGGCGGUCUCACCGGUAUCUUUAUCGGCAGCUACCUACAGUCCGUUACCCCUAAGCUCUCCCUCGGUCUUGAGACCCUCUGGCAGCGACCCGCCCUCACCCAGGGCCCAGAGUGCGCCGUCUCAUACUCCGCCCGCUACAAGUCCAACGACUGGAUCGCCACCGCUCAGCUCCAGGCUGCCAUGGGCACCCUGAACACCUCGUUCUGGAGGAGGCUCUCCGACAAGGUCCAGGCUGGUGUUGACCUGAGCCUUGGCCUUGUUCCCUCUCCUGGUGGUUUGAUGGGCGGUGGUCUCCAAAAGGAGGGCGUCACCACCAUUGGUGCCAAGUACGACUUCCGCAUGUCCACUUUCCGUGCCCAGGUCGACUCCAAGGGCAAGCUGAGCUGUGUCCUCGAGAAGCGUGUUGCCCCCCCUGUCAUGAUGACCUUUGCUGCUGAUAUCGAUCACUUCACUCACCAAGCCAAGAUCGGCCUGGGGGUGUCUAUUGAGGCUGCCCCUGAGGAGCUGCAAGAUCAACAAGAGGCUCUCACCUCUCAGCCUCCCCCCAACAUCCCCUUCUAA